GUUAAAUAAUGGGGAAACUCCAAACUUGAAGCUGCGUCUUAUUUCUAGCAGAUCCACCGAUGGGAGGGUGUAUAAUCAACCAACUGUGUCUGAAGUGGCAGCUUUGGUUGUUGGUGAUAUUGACACUGCAGAAAUGAGGGAUAUCAUAAUGCAUACAAAGGGAGGAAGACUUCAAAGAAUCAACGAACUGCAUGCCGCUUACAUGGCUUACCAGUAUCCUUUGAUAUUUCCUUAUGGUGAGGACGGUUAUAGACCUGAUGUAGCACACAGAGACUUGCCCGGAAACGAAAACAGCAUAAGAAAUAGGCUCACAAUACGCGAAUGGCUUGCCUUUCGCAUUCAGACAAGGUUAUCUGAAGCUAAGACUUUGUUAUCUUCUAGAAGGUUGUUCCAGCAGUUUCUGGUCGAUGGUUACACUAUGUUAGAGUCCGAGAAACUAGAGUGGCUACGUAAAAAUCAACCAAAGCUUCGGGUGUCCAAGUACAACUCUUUAGAGAAAGAAGGCGAUCAAAGUCAAGCUCCAGGAAUAACCAUGGGUAAACGAGUUGUUUUGCCCUCCUCCUUUGUCGGCGGUCGUAGGUUUAUGGAUCAAUUGUACUACGAUGGGAUGGCUAUUUGCAGUAAAGUCGGCUUUCCUGAUUUGUUUAUUACUUUUACCUGUAACCCAAAUUGGCCUGAGAUUCAAAGAGUACUUGGACCUCUACAUCUGAAGCCUCAAGAUCGACCGGAUGUCAUUUCCAGAAUUUUCAAAAUCAAGUUUGAUCAAUUGCUUUCAGAUUUAACCAAAAAAGGCGUUCUUGGGAAAGUGCUUGCUUAUAUGUACACCAUUGAAUUCCAAAAGAGAGGAUUGCCUCAUGCCCAUAUAUUGAUAUUUUUGCAUCCUUCAAACAAAUAUCCAGCACCUGAAGACAUUGACAAGAUCAUUAGUGCUGAAGUGCCUGAUCCCAAAAAGCACCCUCGAUUGUACAAUUUGGUAAAAUCUCACAUGGUCCAUGGUCCUUGUGGUUUGAAAUUUCAGCCUACAACUAUAGUGGACCAUGAGGGUUAUCCGGUUUAUAGGAGAAGAAACAACGGUCACACAAUUGAAAAAAACGGCAUCAUCUUUCAUAGUGGUCAUGUGGUCCCUCAUAACCCAAGUUUGUUGUUGAAAUACGAAGCACACAUCAACAUGAAAUGGUGCAACCAAAGUACUUCCAUCAAAUACCUCUUCAAGUAUAUUAACAAAGGUUCGGAUCGUAUUUCUGCAAUCAUCCAAGCAUGUUGGAGGAUAUUUUCUUAUUCUAUACAUGGAAGAAAGCCGGCCGUAGAAAGAUUGUUUUUUCAUAUGGAAGGGGAAAACUCCGUGUACUACAAAGACUACGAGCAAGUUGGUGAUGUUUUACUCAAACCAAGUGUAACCGAGUCAAUGUUUACAUCUUGGUUUGAGGCAAACAAAACUUAUGAGGAAGCAAGAUUACUAACUUACGGUGACUUUGUUUCCAAAUUUGUUUAUCAUAAAAGAAGUCGCACAUGGAAACCAAGGAAACGAGGGUAUACCAUUGGUCGACUCAUUUGGGUUCCCCAAAGCACCGGUGAAUUGUUUUAUUUGCGGAUGAUGCUCACUGUCACUAAGGGUCCUUUAUGCUAUAAUGACAUCAAGAAAGUUGACGGCAAACAACUUAAAACUUUUAGGGAUGCAUGCUUUGCUAUGGGAUUUCUACAAGAUGAUCGAGAAAUUGUCGAGGCGAUUAAAGAGGCACAUCUUUGGGGUUCCGGUCCAUUUUUACGCAAGUUAUUUGUGACAAUGUUGUUAUCUGCAUCCAUGAAUAGACCCGAACAUGUUUGGAGGAAGACUUGGAUGUAUUUAUCGGAUGGCAUUCUUUAUGAUCAAAGAUUAUUUGCUGGAAAUCAAGAAGUAGAUUACAAAGAAUGGAAUAUAGCCAUUGCAUAUGAAGUUUGGGAUUGCACAUGCACAGCUUCUAAUGCAGUUUCAAUUCCAUUAACAAAUGGCGUUGUUACUGACCAUUAG